ACAUACAUAUGUAUGCACCGGAGUAUACCAUAUACAAUUUUGAUGAUUGACAGUGAGCGAAUGUUGUAGCCGUUAUACGUGAUCAGUGAAAAGUUCAUUGCUUACCACUCCGAUUUGAUAAGAAAAAGGCAAAGAUUAAGCAUGUCUUCCGAUCGUUUCCACAAAGCCGCUAAAGAUGGACUGCUCGAUGUUCUAAAGGAAGCCACACGCAAGGACGCCAACGCUAAGGAUGAUGAUUCAAUGACACCAGUACUAUGGGCUGCCUUUGAAGGACGUUUGGAUGCGUUGCGGCUGCUCUGUGGCAGAGGCGGUGACCCAGACAAAUGCGACCAGUUCGGCAAUACAGCCUUGCAUUUGGCCUCCGCCAAGGGUCACAUGCAUUGUGUGGACUUCCUUGUGAAGUUUGGUGUGAAUAUCUAUGCGCUGGAUAUUGAUCGUCAUAGUGCCAAAGAUUUGGCUGCCAUUAACAACCGCGAAGACAUCUUGCGCUACUUGGAUAGCGCCACUGCAAAUUUCGAGGCCAACGAGAAAAAAAAGGCAAAAGCUAUGCGCGAAGUAGCAGAGAAGAAUUGUGAAAAACGCAUGCGCGAGUACAUGAAACGCCAACAGAAGCUGGAAAACGAGCAUAUCGAUGUGAGUAGUAAAUCGGUGGCUGGCACAUCCAAUGGCAAUAAGUCGAAUAUGUUGUCAACGCUUAAACAAAAGAUUUGGUCUAGCCAAGGCAAUCUGCAUAAACCCCCAAGAGAAUCCGCGCCUGCUGCAGCGCCAUGCCCUAGCAUCAGUGGCGGCAGCGCUACUACAAAAUUCAGUGAGCUCGUAUCACAUGCCAGUGGCAGUUGCGGCAGUGUCGGCUCAAUUUCAAGCAGCGCUGGUACUAUGCAAAAGAAGUUGCGCUGCCAACAGCACUUGCAUCAUUCCGCCAAUAAAGCCGAUGAAACUGGCUUUAAGAUCGGGGGCAUCGAACCGGAUGGCAAACGUACAGUAACAUCUUUGAUAGGAGUGCAGCGCGACUCGGAGGUUUUGUAUGUGGGAACAUUCAGUUCGAACGAAGAGAGCAGCAAACGCGGUAAAAUUAGUGACGUUUUCGAGGUCGAUGAGCCGAGCAGUGAUCGAGAACGUGAAACUACAAGGCUGGGGUAUGGCACUCUUUCACGUUCAUUCUCACAACCGGAUAUACUCGGUGAUUCGCUCGCAUCCACCGGACGACUUGGUGAUGAGUUCGCAAUGCAGCGACCAGUGGGGCUCUUCGAUCGCCCAAUGUUGGGCAGCAUAUCAUUUAGACGUUCUGUAACAGCAGCGCUUAGCCAAUUGCAACCAGAUAAUUACGCUGAACUCGACAUGGAAACGGGUACUACGAGUACAAGUACAGUAACCGGACGCCAGGUUGCUGCGACAACUACGACGAAAACUCGUAGCAACAAACAACGUUCUUUCCUCAAUAUAUCCGACUCGGAUUCUGAAGGCGCAGACGGGUACAGUGACGAUGAGCAAGAGAAUAGAGGUAGUGCAAUUGCGCGUUUUCUCACCGCCUGGGGCUUGGAGGAGUAUUUGGCUGUUUUCCAAAAACAACAAAUUGAUCUGGAUACUUUGAUGUUAUUGACCGAGGCGGACUUGAAGUCCUUGGCACUCCCCCUAGGCCCUUUUCGAAAACUUACUUGCGCCAUACAGGAACGGAAAAAUGCACUCGCCAAUCCUGGUGCAAUGACGGACAGCCGUCUUUAAAGGAAAUACAUGCACAGUUAUAAACUUAGUUAUACAUUUAUUUACCAA